ACCCAGUUUACCUGCCACUUCCUGAUUUUGGCAACUGUAAUUUUUCUCUUAUGUUUUACCUAGUCUUACUUUCAGUCUAUAUAUAGUCAUUGUAUGCAUUGCUCAACCAUCCAUCCAACACCCCUUUUCUGUCUAUCUCUAAUGGAGUCUCGAUUCUUUUCACCCCUUGUGGCUUUUCUUGUGUUGUCAUCACUGAGCUUGAGCCCAUGGCUAGUGUUUGCCGGACGCCCCGCAGCAAGCGAUAAACAGAAGUGCUGCUUCCCAGCAAUAUUCAACUUUGGUGACUCCAAUUCAGACACUGGUGGGUUAUCAGCAGUGUUCGGUCAGGCUCCUCCCCCCCACGGCAUGUCAUUCUUCGGCGGCCCCGCUGGCCGCUACUGCGACGGCCGUCUCAUUGUUGACUUCAUUGCUGAACACUUUGGACUGCCUUACACUAGUCCAUAUCUGAGUGCGGUGGGCUCCGACUUAAACUUCGGAGCCAACUUCGCCACAGCCGGGUCAACCAUCAGACCCCAGAACACAACUUUUCACGACACCGGUUUCAGCCCCAUUUCCCUUGAUGUUCAGUGGAAUGAGUUCUAUGAUUUCCAUACUCGAUCUCAAGUUGUUCGUAAUCACAGUGGAGUUUACCAGAAAUUAUUGCCCAAAAACAAAGCAGCUUACAGGGAUAUAUUGCCUUCCACUGAGGUCUUCAACAAUGGUUUAUACACUUUCGACAUUGGCCAAAACGAUCUCACUGCUGGGUACUUCUUAAACAAGACUACUGAUGAAGUUCGCGAAUAUGUCCCGGAAGUUGUUAACAAGCUGAAAGACAUAAUCAGUUAUAUAUAUGGGCUUGGAGGAAGAAGCUUUUGGAUUCACAAUACAGGCCCAGUUGGGUGUCUGCCGUAUGUAUUGGAACGUAUUCCAGUUUUAGCUUCACAGAUUGAUGAGGCUGGCUGUGCCACCCCAUUCAAUGAUGUGGCUCAAUAUUUCAACAGCAAAUUGAAAGAAGCUGUAACACAGUUGAGGAAGGAGUUACCCUUGGGCGCCUUCACAUAUGUUGACAUUUACAAAUUAAAAUACACCAUGUUUCACGAGGGAGCCAAGCACGGAUUCAGUGAAACGAUAAAGAACUGCUGUGGCUUUGGUGGAAGGUAUAAUUUCAACUUGAAACAGGGGUGUGGAGCAAAGGAAGUGGCGAAUGGGACAGAGGUGUUGCUGGGAAAGGCAUGUGAGAAACCGGGAGAAUAUGUAGUUUGGGAUGGAGUGCACUUCACUGAAGCAGCUAACAAAUUUAUUUAUGACAAUAUAGUUAGUGGGGCUUAUUCGGAUCCUCCUACUCCUUUGGAUAUGGCUUGCCACAGAAUGGGUUGAGCCGGCCCUUUUUUAAAAUCAUUUCUGUUCAUGUCCAUCUUCUCUUCUCUUGUUAGCAGUAGCAUGCAUGUUUUAGUUGGACAUAAUUAAUAAAAUUUUCUUACUUGUGUUCGAUAUAAA